GACCAGAGGCUCGUUCACUCACCAUGACCAAAGGUACCACGUCGAUGGGGCAGCGCCAUGGGCGGACCCACAUUCUCUGCCGCCGGUGUGGCCGCAACGCCUACCACGUGCAGUGGGAGCGGUGCGCGGCCUGCGCCUACCCCCGGCCCAGCCGACGGCGCUAUAAUUGGUCGGUGAAGGCGAUCAAACGACGACGAACGGGGACCGGCAGGUGCCGCUACCUCAAAGUUGUGAACCGCCGCAUCGCAAACCACUUCAAGACCCCCAAGGCGUAAACUGGAAAUGCAUAAAAUAACAAAAAGCCAGGGGUGAAGAAGCGGAGGGCGGGCUACCGGAAGCUCGCGGCUUCUUCGAGGUCCAGAAAUUACUUCGAUUUUUCAUUUUCUCAUCUGAGUAAAAUAAUGAUACCACGUAAUAUCAAAAAGACCGUCUCGUUUCUUUUCCAAAAGGAAAAGGGACAGGUCUUUUGCAUACGGACGCCUU